AUGUCCAGCCCUGCCUCGGCCGACAGCGACGCACUCGGGUGGUACGAUAUCACCAAGACGUACUGCAUUAUUGGCAUCGAGUCAAGCGACACCGGUAUUCUAGAACGCCUCGAAAACGAGCGCUUUCUUUCCCAGAUCCAACCCAUGGCUGGCCUAGGAGAUGGCUAUAACGAAGAAGACGACACGCAAGCGGGAUUGGCAUUAACGUUCAGUAUCGACUCAUUCACAGAUGUGACGGAGGGCCACAAGUUCGGACGAGACCCAGAGAAGUGCGAUGUUCUUCUGGGUGAAGAGAGCGGAGAUGACGUCGAUGGGCUGCACUUCAGGGUGCAGUUGGAUUACACACAGCAGGUUCCUGAGUUGGACAUUUACAAUUGCGGCCCGAGAGGGAUCAGAGUCGACGACAAGCUGCUUUCUGGAAUCGCGCAACGUACCCGAAUAUACCAGGGCGAGGCUGUUACGAUCACAGCCGGGACUGUGUCACUCAUGCUUGUGUUUCCUCUCCUAGACUUCAGCAAUCGCAAGACGCGAUCUAGAUGGGCAGAGUUGAAGACAACAGUGUGGUCUUUGCUUCGGGCUUCCAUACGUCGAGCGCUUGUCCCGAGAGACGCACGCCAGAGAUAUCUCGACGCAGAGGAAGAUUGCAUCUGGCAAGAAGCACGACAGUUCCAUUCCGAGACUGGCAGCAUGACGAUCACACUCGCUAAAGGCAAGCAGAAGCAAAAGACCGGUUUUCCGGUUGUACUGAAGAAGCUACGAGACAGAAAGGGCGACGCCAGGGAAGAACGCAUCAACAUGGGCGAGACAGCAGCCAUGACCCGAGUCCGGCACGAGAAUGUCAUCUCUGCUUUCCGCGAACAGUGGCCUCAGGGCAACGUGGUUCUCGUCGAGCACACGCCUCACGGCAACAUCACUGACUUCAUCCGCAACCACAACGCCCGACGACUGAAGGAAGAUGCCGUGAUAGAUCUCGCUCUGCAAACUCUCAAAGCCCUCUCCUACCUCGCAUCGCAGGGCAUAUCGCACCGUGACCUCAAGCCCACCAAGAUCAUCGUGUUUCGGACCGACCCUCCCCUCUUCAAGCUCACAGAGUUUGGUGGCGAGGACUUGAUAGAUGCACGACAAUACCUUGCCGACCGCAUUGCAGACGACACGAUCGAUUAUGUUGCCCCCGAGGUCUUCGAACGUGGUGCUGGCGCCUUGCCUUCCAAGACCGACGUCUGGAGUUUGGGAGUCGUCAUGUGGGAGUUGCUGGUCGGUACUACGCCAGUGCCGUUCCCGGAAGAGAUGAACUACAUGUCUUGCUUCCGUGCCAUCUUGAACUGGCAGCCCAGAGUCAAGGAGCUGCAGGGAUACGGGGUCAGUGAUGAAGGCCAGGAAUUGAUGAUGAGAAUGGUGGAGAGGACGCCAAAGUUCAGGCCCGAUGUCGAGACUUUGAAGAAUGAUGAGUGUUUUGACUACCUCGAGUAUGUGAGGAAGAACGAACCCUGCGACUUGCAAGAUUGCUUGUUGUGA